AUGCAGAAUAAACUUUACAGUUUUGGCUUCAACGCCUUUGGACAAACAAAAGAAUCUGACGAAGCUAUUAUAAGAUUUCCUUACUGUCAUACACACACGAGCAGAGUCUUGUUCACUAGUUGGGAAACCACCAUUGUCAUUGAUGAUGAAGGUGUGCUCCAAUUUUGGGGGUUUCAACCGCCAUGGUUAUCUGCAUUCAAGAAAUUAUGUCAGCAAAAGCGCAACAUCAUCAGUGUGUUUGGUGAUCCUAACAGUAUGAUGGGGUUGAUCGACGAACAGCACACUUUAUCAUAUGUAACCGAGACAUCAGAGCAUAUGGACUGCAUGACACACAUUGAACAAGCUGCCUAUUGUCAAGGUCAGCGCGCCAUCUUUGUGCUAAAGCAGGAGUCUGGGCAAGUGGAGCAACACAACAUAAACACAUUGAAUUCUGAAAAACUUGAUCUUCCUCCUGGCUGUAAGAUAACAAAGAUGAGCGCUGCCCACACGCACAUCUUGCUUUUGACAGACUCUUUAGAUGCACCUGUGCUCGCCUUUGGAUCCAAUCGCUUAUCACAAUGCGGCAUAGAUUACCAGCAGCAGGAGCUGAAAACACCCACAGCGAUUGACUAUUUCUGUGGACUAAGAGAUGCAACCGACGUUGCUUGUGGUCCGUUCCAUUCUGCUGUCAUACUAGGAGGUGAUGUAUAUACAUUUGGUUGGUCCAAAGACGGAAGGUUAGGAUGGGGAUCCACAAAACAAGACGACGAUAUCAUAUCUUUGGCUGUGUUUUUGGACGUCAAUGAUCAACCUAUAGAGAUCAAUGCAACCAAAAUAGCGUGCGGAUCAGCGCAUACAUUGGUAUUAGAUGAUCAUGGCCAUGUGUGGUCUUGCGGUAGUAAUGCGUAUGGACAGUUGGGACGCACACCACCAGCAAAUCAACAAUCCGACACUCAUUUUCGCCGUUGUUCCACUGAUACAGCCAUGGAUUGCUUUGCAGGACGAUGGGCCUCUUUUAUUUUGAUAUAA